GCGAAACUGAGACAAGAGGUCGUUGAUCUUGGAUCAAAGAGGGAUACUACAAGCGCUUUGAUCGACCUGCAGAUCCCGUACAUCAGGGCCAUACUCAAGCAUGACAUUAACGUUUCCCCCGACCAUCCCAAGACGUUUGAUCGGUCUAUGGAGGAAUUCUACAGAGAAGUGAACAACUGGAAUGGGUCACCUCCGGAAGCUCGAGCUGCAUAUACAAACAAUACCUUGUCUCCGAGACUGCGAGACGAGCAGGGGCAGCCUAUCACGAUGUUGUGCUACAGCAUUGUAUCGGACUGCACGGAUUUGUGUAUAGAUGCGGCGCGUACGCCCGGGGUGGGACAAGUAGAACCUAAUCUUCCGGAAUUUCUCCAUAAUGACGUCUGGAGCAACAACUUUCACAGACGGAAUCCAAUAUGCGGUGCGAGAAUGCAACUUAUCAUCUGGGACAAACGCACAAACCAGAUACUUUUAGCAGGUCAAGAUUGGUUUGAAGAGGACUUCAAGUUUCCUCCUUGGAUCAGAGACCCCUACGAUGGUGAACCUCGAAGGAUUCAAGCCACAUGGCGACCAGUCUGGUGGUGCAAGACUUGUCCGUUGCAACUCCGUCCGGCAAGCAAAAUCUCUCAGGCGCCCAUCACGACCCAUCUUCACAACGCUCAUCGCUGAAGGCCAAUCAGCAAGUACAUCGGCCUGCUCUCAGAUAAGAAGUCUCACGGAGAACACACCUCAG